CAUUUGCGCUCAUCUGGAAAUGCAUUGCUGUUAUUUGAACAGAAACAGCUGUUUUCUAUCGAAAACUAAUCGAAUUCUCACAGCCAAAGAGAAAUUGCAGUAUUGAAUUUAUGAUUUGGUUGUUGUGUGCUCGCAAUUAAAAAUAUUUUCAUGUAUUAUUAAGGCAAUGACAAGUAUAGCAAAACCUCCUCCGAAGCUGGCGAUAACAAGUGAUCCGCUAGUAGCAAAUGAUUUGGAAAUCGGCCCCAUCAAAAUCGAACAAGACACGAGCACAGACGAUGAAAGCAACGAGGAGCCGGAGCUGGAGACGCCGCCGAAGAAAAUUCGAAUAUCCGAACAGCUAGAGCCAAAGAAUGAAAAAAUUAAAAAACGUGGUAAAAACUUCUCGCCGGAGGAAGAGCUAACCCUGGUGGAGCUUGUCGAGGAGCGCAACGAUGUCCUGAACAACAAGAAAUCGGAUGCAUUUACGUGGAAGCACAAGGAGGAAGUCUGGGCAGAGCUGACAAAAAGUUUUGUAGCGAAAACAGGAGUUAACCGCGAAUGGCGGCAACUGAGAGACAAAUAUCUGCAUAUGAAGCGUAGAGCGAAAGUGGAGCUGGCCAAGGAGCGAGCACACUGCCAGCGCAUGGGCGGUGAGGAACCAGUUACGCCCAUAGUUUCAACUGUUUCGGAAAAAAUUGUUGCCAUGAUUGGAGAUGCGGCUCUGUGCCUGAAGAAAGCCGUGGAGACUGAUGGAUGUCAACUGGAAAAUGAACAGAGUUUUGAGGGUGACGAGGAUAUGAUGUAUAAUUUCGUAGCAGGAGAUCAGGAUACUAAUGAUAUAACCGUAUCGGAGGACGACCUGACCAGCACCAGUUCCAAGUGGGCCACGUGUAAUACGGCCAAUGCAGUUCGGCCUCCACUUCUCAAAAAUAAAUUGCCCGACAAAGUUCCCAAUCCCAAAAACAGCCUGGACGAGGAGAGGCUCAAACUGCUGCAGCUACAGCAAAAUUUCUGCAGAUGCGAAAAUGAGCGAGCGCAGGAAAAACACGAUCUGGAAAUGCGUGAGAAGCGCAGCAAACUCGAAGACGAGGCCAAAGAGCGUAAGCUGCGCAUUGAACUCUUGGAGCUCGAGAUACAACAGAGAAAAGCCAAACAGGAGCAAAGUAGACAUAUAUUUAAUUAGUAAUAACUGAAAUUACAAAAAAAGACUAACUGUGGAUAUAGGAAACUGAAAUGUACAUUCAUUCAUAGGCUAAUAAAUAUUUAAAUGUACGUUA